AUGGAACUUUCGCGUGAUUUCAAACAAAUGUCGAUUAACGGCGAAACCAAACAAAAACCAAGUGGCAAGAAGGAUAUCAAACAUUUAAGCACAUCAAAGAAGGCAUCUUUAAAUAAAUUGCCGAAGAAACAAUACCAAGAGCGUUACUGUCCAAAUCGCAUGAAGUCAGAGAAAAAAUGCAAAAAGCACACAAUGUGCCGAUUGAAGAGCAAGUCAUUUGGAUGCGAAUUUUGCAUUAAACGUUUCGAAUUCAAGUCGUUUCUCAUCGCUCACACCAAAUCAUCCCAUCAAGAGUUGAUGGCUCUUGAACAAAUCGCCGAACGCAUCUUUAAAGGCAUCAUUUUGAACGAAGGAAAAACUGGCAGUGGAUUUGAGAAAUAUUCGAAAAUUCGAUAA